AUGAGUAGCUACUCGCGCCAGCGCUCUGCAACCAGAUCUGAUACCCACGACGCAAAUCUGAUUCCAUUCCCAUCCGUGCCACGGUCCAGAGACGAGAUUCACAAUCUUGACGGCCUCGUCUUCAACGUCCACGACCUGCCGGGCCACAACUCGACAAGGACUUCGACGACAGCGGCAACGCCAACCAGGCCACUACCUCCCACCGUAAACAGCACCUCUGCCGCAUCGCCCUAUCCUCGUCCGAGAAACUCGUCCAACUUCCUCUCUGCCGGCGGUCUUCGCCCGAGAGCCUCGACUGCGAGCUCUGUCCCGACCACUCCUCCACUCGGGCUCGAACCCGCGAGGCCAGCUACCAGAGCUGGCCCGCUUCCUCCACCGCCGCCAAUGUAUCAAAACACCCAGCGACAUGCCUCGUCGGCCGACCCUUCAAGGCCUUUCCAGGUCCCUCCGCCGCCUCCUCCCAUGUCGCCGCCCGUCCCGGGCCAGAUGAACAACAUGAUGUCUAUACCUCCUCCGCCCCCGCGCUUCCCUUCUGCCCCUGGCGCCACGGGGGGGAGCGGCAUGAUGCUGCCGCCCCCUCCAGGGCCGCCGCCGGGAAGCGCAAUGGCCGGCCAGGCGCCGUGGCACGGCGCCUUCGGACGCAUGUACGAUGGCCGCGGCGGCUUCAACGUGCCCCCUCCCCCACCGAGCCAACAUCAGGCCUACAACCCCAAGCUGCACGCGCAAGUCGCGACAGGCACUACACUAUCGAUACCGCCUCCACCUCCGCCCAACGAUCAUGGGCAAAUGUCUGCAACGUAUAUACCACAGGGUGAUACCUACGGCGAAGGUGUCGGAAUACCGGGCCUGGGCGGUUUCGACGAUUCGGCCACAUUCUCGGCCACCUCCCAGGGCUCGUGGCCUACAAAUAGCCAGACAAGCGGCGACACAGCCAUGACCACGCCGCAAGACGACAUGUCUGGGAGGGAUAGGCUCUAUGCCCAGGCCAUGCAUAGCCGAGGAUUGUCAACGACAUCAAAUGCGACAGCGGCUUCAAGUAUUCACCCGCACCUGGCAGCGCAAUGGCCUUUGGAAAAAGUGUUGCUAUGGCUCGCCUCAAACCAGUUCUCCAAGGACUGGCAGGAAACGUUCAAGGGAUUGAACCUGCACGGUGCACACUUUCUGGAGCUUAGCAGUGCACAUGGCGGCCGAGGGAAUUUUGGUAUGAUGCACCAGCAAGUGUACCCCAGGUUGGCCGUCGAAUGCACAAACAGCGGAACCGGAUGGGAUCAGCCGCGGGAGCGGGAGGAAGGCAAGAGAAUGCGACGCCUCAUCAGAAGCAUCGUGACCGGCCGGCCGGCCGACCCGUCCAAGGUUUCAUCGCAUGGCCGGAAAGAGUCGGUCAACCACGGCAGCAACCUGCCUAGCGCUGGGUCGGACAUGGCAGAAUCCCCCAACGUGAGUAUGAUAACCCGUGUGGGUGAACAUGCGAAGGCUGAUGGACGGCAGACGCCGAUAAAGGCGCCAGGACCUGGAUUUGGCGGCCGGCGGUUCUCGCAGACCAGAUCCACGACCAUGCCUUCUUUGAACAAUACUAUGAGCUCGGAUACUAACCACAGAAACGUCUUGAAGCAACUCGAUGUGGACGGCACCCGUCGACACAGCCCCAAUGCUAGCGAGUCUGGCGAGGGCAUGUUUCGCCCGCUCCCACUGCGAACCGACAGCCCGAACGGUAGCCCGAACCCGCAGAGUGCUUCUCUGUUUCCCUCCUCUGCCGGUCAAAUGUCAGCCUCUCCGCACUCGACCAAGUUCGGGCACAGGUCGAGGAACAGCACAGACUCUGUGUCCUCGAGCGCGGCAAUCUACGGCUCCGGUGUGCCCCCUGAGGCUACUCAAAUGCUACGCAGCGGCAUGAACAUUGCGGACAUCAUCCAGGCGACCCGUAACAACGUCGAGUCCCGUCGCCACGGUCAGGAUGGUGGCCGUCCAUCGCCGCAGGAGUCCAUCGGAGAUCGCUCCGCUGGCACUGAGCCUCCCUCCUCCGCCAAGGACUCCAAAAGUUUCCUCAGCUUUUUGUCGAGAAAGAAGAAGCAGAAGGAGGACGGUUUCCCCAGCCCCGACGAUCUGGAAUCGCCGACCUCUCCGGCACUCAACUUCAAGCCUCACUCGUUCGGUUCCCGCUUUGGCAACAACAGUGAGACAUCUCUGGAUAUUCGACCUGGUUCCAGCUUUGAUGUGCACGAGAAGGAUGCGGCCAAGUCGAGGCGUCCUGGGCCGAACCGAGUCUUCGUGUUGGCUACCAUGGAUGGAUACAACUAUCGCAUGUGCGACAUCACUGAGGCCGAAUCGGCAACGGACCUUCGUCAAAUCAUCUGCAGCAACCUGGGUCUGACGGACACCACAGCUUUUCAGAUUUAUCUCACCGAGCUUGGCAAGUCGAGCCACGACAGCCCCCUUGACGACCAGAAACUGCUCAAUAAUCGCAAACACAGGGCGGAUGCUACAGGAUCCCUCAAGUUCUUUGUUCGCCCUGCUGGCGCUGUGCCUCAGGGCACAGCCAACCCCAAUGCCACGCAGUCUCACACAUCAUCUCUCGACCAGGAGGCUUACAACCGCCUGAACGGGGUGUCAAGGAUGAGGUCUAGUUCAUCCCCGCCGACGUCGAGACAGAACACCAUGAAUGGGGAAAGAAUAGACGACAAGAUGCUUGCACAAGAGGCAAGCGAGUACCGUGCGGAGAUGGAGCGGAAGCAACGCGAGUAUCUCGAGAAGAGACGACGAGCAGCUGGCGGCAACACGCCGGAGAGCGCGACUACGCCGUACGGCAUCCACGGAAGGACCGUCGACUUUGAUCAGCCACGUCAGUCACCGUACGAGGACAAGAAGCCAGACGCGUUGUUCCCCGUGCGAAAGCCUCCUGCGCCGCCGAGCGACCCAUCAGCUACGUUGCUCAAGGCCAACUCACUGAGCAGGAAGUCGGGCCAAUCAAUGCGGUCGUCAGAUGGACUUUCUGCGCCUCGACGACCCUCCACUCUUUUCGAGGAUAUGGAGCUCCCCGGGCAGAAUAAUGGAGACAGGAAGAAGAAGACGUCGAGCCAGCACAGCACCGGCAUCGGCGCAGCACUCGUUGGCAUGGGCCGAGGCCUCGGAGCGGUUGGCGUAACGACCAACCGCAGGUCCAAGUCGCCAACCCGAGUAUCCUCGGAACCAGCCCUGGGCGGCGAGCACUCAGACAGAGGUAAGGGAGUUAUUUCAUCCGUCGACUUUUUCAAGUCAUUUUCGGGGCGAGAUAGUCCUCAGUCGGCAUUGUCUGGGUCCCCCGGCGCUCUCACUUGGAGCCGUGGGAAUCUGCCCUUUUUUGUACCGGACUAUUCCCCUGAGGGAACCCUGAUGCUGGAACAAGGAUCUCAGAAUGAAAUCGCAGCUAAAACAGCCCCAGCAGUACGUAGAGUGCCUUCUCGGGAGAUAAGCCCCAGCACCACCAGCCCACCACAAUUUCCUCCGAGUGCACCACCUCAGCCCCAUCGUCGGAAGUCGCAUGGUCCUGAUUUUGACUUCCUGGAGUCGGACGUCAGCUUUGAGAGACCCGCCCCUCAGCGAGAUGACGACUCAGGGGACGACUCGGAUGAUGGCUUGUUUGUCAUUCCGAUAUCUUCUCGCAAACCAACCAAGAUUACUCGGAUUUUUGACGGCGACGACUCGCCUGACGAGUCCAAUGACAAGCGCCCUAACCUGACAGUCAACACAUCAAGAUCCAAGAAACAGCUUUCAGUGUCUUUCAACUCUCCCAAGUCGUUGGGCGGUUUCAACGCGAAUGGGACACCCGAAGGCGAUGAGGAUGUGACGAGUGCCAAGAGCGGCAAGAGCUCGCGAAGAACCCCGAACACCCCCGGCUCCGAGAGCUGGGAAUCGGAGGAUAGUAAGCUAAGCAGAAGAAAGUCAUUCGUCGAAAAGGAUGUCUGGGCCAACCGCCCGACUACCGAUGCCCUCAUCAACAACCUCGACGACUUCUUCCCGAACUUGGACCUUGACAUGCCGGUGCUUGAAGAGGGCGAAGCAGAAGCCAACCCGCCGUCACCCAUCGCCGAAGGAGAAGAGAAGGAAACACCCGCGCGUCCCCCGCCGCCAGCUCAGCCAUCGCCGAGUCUCCGCACUGCCAUCACUGGCAACCGGUCGUUCUACAAUGACGACAACGACACGCUGGGGUCGGACGAGUCGACGUUGAAGGCACUUGAGCGCCCUGCUUCGGUCGCGUCCGUUGCGCAAAGGAGCGUUAGACGCUCGGGUGGCCUUGGGCGUAUGAAGUCCAUCCGUGAGGUUGCUCGCGGCGCCCACGAGGCUAACAAACGGUUCACCACGACAACAACGCAGCCUGGCCAGUCCACUCAGAACACGUCGGCACUCAUGAGGAGGAAGAGCACAAAGAUGUUCAAUGCCAACAUUGUACAAAUCCGUCCGGACCAGCGCGGCAGCAUGGUGAUGCCCCAGAUUCCCCAAGACACCAUUCCUAAGCGUCAAACAACCUUCCGAUGGUUCAAGGGUCAGCUCAUUGGCAAGGGAACCUACGGCCGCGUCUACCUCGGUAUGAAUGCCACGACCGGAGAGUUCUUGGCCGUCAAGGAGGUCGAAGUCAACCCGAAGGCGGCGCAGGGAGACAAGGCCAAGAUGCGUGAACUGGUAGCCGCCCUUGAUCAGGAGAUCGAAACUAUGCAGCACCUUGAUCAUGUCAACAUCGUGCAGUAUCUUGGAUGCGAACGCAAAGAAACAUCCAUCAGCAUCUUCCUUGAGUACAUUUCUGGUGGCAGUAUCGGAUCUUGUCUGCGGAAGCACGGCAAAUUCGAGGAGUCUGUUGUGUCAUCGCUCACGCGACAGAUGCUGUCAGGUCUGGCGUACCUCCAUAGGGAAGGAAUCCUGCAUCGUGAUCUGAAGGCCGACAACAUCUUGUUGGAUCUCGACGGUACUUGCAAGAUUUCUGAUUUCGGCAUCUCCAAGAAGACGGACAACAUUUACGGCAACGACAAGUCAAACUCGAUGCAGGGCUCCGUCUUCUGGAUGGCGCCCGAGGUCAUUCGUUCGGAGGGUAAGGGUUACAGUGCCAAGGUCGACAUAUGGAGCUUGGGGUGUGUUGUGCUGGAAAUGUUCGCUGGUCGGCGGCCCUGGUCGAAGGAGGAGGCCGUGGGCGCCAUCUACAAGAUCGCCAAUGGCGAGACGCCGCCCAUCCCUGACGAGGUUCGGGAAACAAUCAGUCCACUGGCCAUUGCCUUUAUGCUGGACUGUUUCACUGUGAACCCCCUAGAGCGGCCUACGGCAGAUGUGCUGCUGUCUCAGCAUCCCUUCUGCGAGCUGGAUCCCAACUACAACUUCUUUGAUACCGAGCUGUACUCAAAGAUCCGCGGUAAAGACGUCUAG